GUUCAAGCAUCCUCAUCUCUCUCUCUCUCUCUCUCAAAAGCUAGCCAAGCAUGAAGAUAAUGCUAAGCUUCUUCUCCAAUGGAGAACAAACAAGCAAACACAAAAUCCUUCCAUUUUUCAUCUUCUUAGCUACACAAUCCUUAUUAUGUUCAUCCAUUUUAUCUAACCCAGUUCCUUCAUCACUCUCCAACUUCUCCAAGUUUCCCGGAAAAUUAUCAUCCGCAGCAACCAUUUUCUCAGCAUGCAAACACACCCCUUAUCAAGCAGACUGUGAAUCCUCAUUAGUCUCAUUCAAAUCCAUCAAUCACAAUAAUCUUCCAAAAAACCACAAAGAUGUCUUUGAUAUCUCAGUCCAAUUCACCAUGGAAAAAGCUCGUUCUGCUAGAGCUCUUGCAUACAACAUCACUCUAUCAGAAAGAAAGUUCCAUGCUCAGUUCAACGGCGGUGGUGGCAUCACCGACUGCCUCGAACUUCUCGACGACAGCGUCGACCUUCUCGCCAAAGUCAUGAUCAGCAGCCGCCAUGGCUAUGUUGAUGGUGAUCAUGGUGAUGGUGAUGAUGUCCAUACAUGGCUCAGUGCUGCUCUAACCAAUCAACAAACAUGUCUCGAGAGCCUUGAAAGGUACCGGAUUAAGGAUGAGAAAGGUGUGAUGGAGGCGAAUUCACAAAGUUUGAGCAAAUCCGUAAGCAACUCUUUGGCUCUCUACCUUUCUAGUGCUAAACCUUCAAACCCUAGCAAUGGUGGCCGGCGACGACGGAGAUUGUUGUCGUCGGGGAAUUUUCCGACGUGGGUUUCGGCCGCUGAGAGGAAACUUCUUGAAACUCCUGUGGGAGAGAUAGAAGCUCAUGCUGUUGUGGCUAAAGAUGGGAGUGGGACUCAUAUGACAAUAAGUGAAGCUUUAGGUGCAUCAAUGGCUGGAGGAGGAGGGAGGACUGUGAUUCAUGUGAAAGCUGGGACUUACCAUGAAUAUAUCAAGAUUCCAACAAAGCAAAAGAAUGUCAUGUUGAUUGGUGAUGGGAAAGGAAAAUCUGUGAUUGUUGGUGAUAGAAAUUACGAAGAUGGUUGGACUACCUAUGAAUCUGCCACUGUUGGCGCCAUGGGAGAUGGAUUCAUAGCACGAGACAUAACAUUUUUGAACAGCGCCGGACCAUCAAAACACCAAGCGGUGGCACUCCGCGUAGGCUCGGACAAAUCGGUGAUCUUCCAAUGCUCCAUCAUCGGCAACCAAGACACACUCUACACCCUGUCCAAGAGACAAUUCUACAGAGAUACCGACAUCUACGGCACCGUAGACUUCAUCUUCGGAGACUCAGCCGUCGUCUUCCAAUCCUGCAACAUCUAUGCUCGAAAACCGGCUUCAACGAACGUCAAGAACUUCAUCACGGCCCAAGGCCGGUCCAGCCCGGACCAGAACACCGGGAUUUCCAUCCACCGCUGUAAGAUCUCGGCCGCCAAUGACCUUGCUCCUGUAAAAUCCAAAUACGAAACUUAUCUCGGAAGGCCGUGGAAGCAGUACUCGAGGACUGUUAUCAUGCAGUCUUUCAUCGACGAUUCUAUUCACCGGUCCGGUUGGUCUCCUUGGUCCGGCGGUUUCGCUCUCAAAACGCUUUACUAUGGGGAGUAUAUGAACUCUGGACCUGGUUCUUCAACUGCUUUUAGGGUUAAGUGGCCCGGUUGUCAUCCUUCACUCACUCCUGCUGAAGCUAAACCUUUCACUGUUGGCAGUUUCAUCGCAGGUGAUCUUUGGUUGCCUGCCACUGGUGUUUCUUUUGACUCGGGUUUGCUUGGAUAAACUCUAAACGUCGUGUCAAUAAAAUAGCCAAUGACCAUAAGGUUCAUUUGAUAUGCAGGAUUGGAUUGGAUCGGAUUGGAAAUGAUUAUUUUUAAGUUUAAUUUUAAAAAAUGUUUGAUACUACUGAUGGAUAGACUUAAAUUACUCUGACUCAAUCCAGUACUGUCCUGCAUACCAAACUACUCUGAUCCUUAUAGUUAGGUCUACAGCUUUGUAAAUGAUAUUAUUUGUUUAAUAAUAAGUUCUGUGUUUAUACCAUCUUCUGUUUUGGUCAAAAUCAACUGAAAAGGGUGCAGCUGAAUGAGCUGAGGCUGAACUGCUAUGUGGAGAAAACAAAUGUAAAGUUAUGAGUUAGUCAAUUUGGGUUGGUCCAGCUAGGUCAUGACCAAAAAUCAGUGCUAUAAGCUUUUCAUGGCACAUGUGUAUAACUGAUAUGUAUGUACAUUUUCACCAAAAAAAAAAAUAUAUAUAUAUAAUAAGGGUAUAUGUAUGUACAUUGUGUCUUUUUCA